CACUACGUACGCUUCAUCCCGGAAGUGGUUGUUGACUGUAUCCAUGCGCCGGUUCCUGGGCGUAGAGCAAAGGCGCGAGGCUCGGAGCGGAGGGUAGAACCUGAGGGGACGCUCAUCCCCGUCCUCUCGGGACCUGAACCGCUACUUCUGCGGGCCUGGCCCUGGUGCCAUGAUGCUGCUCCUGCCGAGCGCCGCGGACGGCCAAGGCACCGCCAUCACCCACGCUCUGACCUCUGCCUCUACACUCUGUCAAGUUGAACCUGUGGGAAGAUGGUUUGAAGCUUUUGUUAAGAGGAGAAACAGAAAUGCUUCUGCCUCUUUUCAGGAACUGGAGGAUAAGAAAGAGUUAUCAGAGGAGUCAGAAGAUGAAGAAUUGCAGUUAGAAGAGUUUCCCAUGCUGAAAACACUUGAUCCCAAAGAUUGGAAGAAUCAGGAUCAUUAUGCAGUUCUUGGACUUGGCCAUGUAAGAUACAAAGCUACACAGAGACAGAUCAAAGCAGCACACAAAGCAAUGGUUUUAAAACAUCAUCCAGACAAACGGAAAGCAGCUGGUGAACCAAUAAAAGAAGGGGAUAAUGACUACUUUACUUGCAUAACUAAAGCUUAUGAAAUGUUGUCUGAUCCAGUGAAAAGACGCGCAUUUAACAGUGUAGAUCCUACUUUUGAUAAUUCAGUUCCUUCCAAAAGUGAAGCAAAAGACAAUUUCUUCGAAGUGUUCUUCCCCGUGUUUGAAAGGAAUUCCAGAUGGUCAAAUAAAAAAAAUGUUCCUAAACUUGGUGAUAUGAAUUCAUCAUUUGAAGAUGUAGAUGCGUUUUAUUCCUUCUGGUAUAAUUUUGAUUCUUGGAGAGAAUUUUCUUAUUUAGAUGAAGAAGAAAAAGAAAAAGCAGAAUGCCGUGAUGAGAGAAGAUGGAUUGAAAAGCAAAACAGAGCAACAAGAGCACAAAGAAAAAAAGAAGAAAUGAACAGAAUAAGAACGUUAGUUGAUAAUGCAUACAGUUGUGACCCAAGGAUAAAAAAAUUCAAGGAAGAAGAAAAGGCCAAGAAAGAAGCUGAGAAGAAAGCAAAAGCAGACGCCAAACGGAAGGAGCAAGAAGCUAAAGAAAAACAAAGACAAGCUGAGUUAGAAGCAGCUCGUUUAGCUAAAGAGAAGGAAGAAGAAGAAGUGAGACAACAGGCAUUAUUGGCAAAGAAAGAGAAAGAUAUCCAGAAAAAAGCUAUUAAGAGGGAAAGACAGAAACUCCGGAAUUCAUGCAAGACCUGGAACCAUUUUUCGGACACUGAGGCAGAGAGGGUUAAAAUGAUGGAAGAAGUGGAAAAGCUUUGUGAUCGACUUGAACUAGCAAGCUUACAGUGCUUAAAUGAAACCCUCUCAUCAUCUACAAAAGAAGUAGGAAAGGCAGCUCUGGAAAAACAGAUAGAAGAAGUAAAUGAGCAAAUUAGAAAAGAGAAAGAGGAAGCUGAGGCUCGCAUGCGACAAGCCUCUAAGAAUGCUGAGAAGUCAACUGGUGGAAGUGGAAAUGGUGGUAAAAACUGGUCGGAGGAUGACCUGCAAUUAUUGAUUAAAGCUGUAAACCUCUUUCCAGCUGGCACAAAUUCAAGAUGGGAAGUUAUUGCCAAUUACAUGAAUAUACAUUCUUCUUCGGGAGUCAAGAGAACUGCUAAAGAUGUUAUUGGUAAAGCAAAGAGUCUCCAAAAGCUUGACCCUCAUCAAAAAGAUGACAUAAACAAAAAAGCUUUUGAUAAGUUUAAAAAAGAACAUGGAGUGGUACCUCAAGCAGAUAAUGCGACACCUUCAGAAAGAUUCGAAGGUCCAUGUACAGAUUUCACCCCCUGGACAACAGAAGAACAAAAGCUUUUGGAACAAGCUUUGAAAACGUAUCCAGUAAAUACUCCUGAAAGAUGGGAAAAAAUAGCAGAAGCAGUGCCUGGCAGGACAAAGAAAGACUGCAUGAAGCGAUACAAGGAACUUGUCGAGAUGGUAAAAGCAAAGAAAGCUGCUCAAGAACAAGUGCUGACUGCAAGCAGAGCCAAGAAAUGACCCCGUGACAAUCCGUGUGUGUGCAUUUUUAUAAUAAAACGGAAAAUACUGUACAAAAUUUUAUUCUUAAAAUUAUACUUUUGCUAAUUAUUUGGAA